AGUGAUGGAUGUGGAAAUGAAGGGAAGGAGAAGUUAAGCAUUGCUCCACACUUUGUGUCAGUACGGAAGAUAGAGUUGUUUUCCAAUGUUUUUAUGUAGUCAAAAAGUGGCAUAAAUCUUCACCAUGUGGAACUUUAUUCUUCUUCUCUGGUCCUGCAUUCGUAUCGCUGUUGUUGUAGGAGCUCCACAUACAGUUACAGGACACAGAGGAGAGAGAGUUGAGAUCAGAUGCUCAUAUAAACCCGGAUAUGAAUCAAAUUCAAAGUAUUUUUGUAAAGGAGAGUGUAAAUACGUUCCAAAUAAAAACAUCAUGGUUGAAUCAGGAUCUCCAGCUAAAGACGAGAGAUUCUCUCUGACUGACGACAAGAAGAACAGAGUUUUCACCGUCAACAUCACUGAUCUGAGAGCAGAGGAUGAAGGACAAUACUGGUGUGCUGUGAAGAGGACUUUGCUUUUUACUGACAUCUAUUCAGAGAUUUUGUUGAAGGUUAAACAGGGUCCGUUGACUCCAACCCCUUCACCUGACACAGGUUCAUUUGGUAUCAUCAUCACAGGAGUUUUGGUUUUGCUCCUGAUAGGUGCUGUAUUGCUUAUAGUGGCCAUACGAAAGAAAAAGCAGACUUGUGGUCCGGUCUCCUCCUUCACCAAAGGGCUUCGGCUGACAUUAAGAAAAGGAGAAGAGAAUAAAUAUGAUAAAGGAAACCCGACUGGCCUGCCAAACUCGCACACAACUCAAUGUGAUAUUUCUGCAGAAAAUGAGUUUCACAGUCCCGUGAACACCGACACAGACCUCGACUACACAAAUGUUACUUCUGCAGUGACAAACAGUCAGAAUCUGGAUCAGAUCUACACAGAACUCAACGCCAGUAGACAGAGUCACAUUUAUCAGUGUCUCAAAGCUGAUUCUGCUCAAGAAGAGUCGAUCUAUCACAAUAUUGAUCAAAUUACUGAAUUAAACACUUGUACUCAUACUAUCGAUGUUCACUAUUUAGGAAAUGGCUAAUCAGCACAAUGACAUCAUGACACGACUGAUCGGCUGGUGACCUCACAAGAAAACAAACUCAGGAACCACUGUUUGAAUGGCCGUCAAUGGAGAAAGAUGCUGUUGAAGCCAUAUAGUGUAGUUAUGACAUCUACCAGCAGGGGUUAAUUGGUUCCUGCUAACCAGCUAAACCUCAACCACUCUACAAAAACGGUAGAUUUGACAAAUUAGCUUUUGAUUGAGAACUUAAAUUAGAAAGAGCUUUAUUGCUACUAAACAAAUAUAACAUAAAUAUAGAACAAGUAAAUAGGAAAUAACAAUAUAUACACUACCAGUCAAAAGUUUGGAAACAUUACUAUUUAUAUUAUGUAUAUUACAAAGUCUC